CCGCCUUUACACCUUACACCUUCCCGAGAGCUCCCCUUCAUCUCAUUUUUUGAUAAAUAAAGCACAUAAAGGGAGCAGAGGAGCCUCCGCCGCCGCCCCUUCCUCCUCUUCACGGCCCCGCAGUGAAAGACCACAAGCGGCGCGAUAGAGGGGGUGUAUCUUCUUGCAUCACUGUUAUCAAUCAAUGGUGGACUGGAUUAGCGAUAGCGAUGACACUGAUGAGUUUGAUUGGGAAAGUGAUGGACUGGCUGAGCCCUUGUCGGCUUUGGCCUUGGAUAACCUUGAUGCUUCUGGCCCAUCCAUGCCGGACGUUAAUGGUUGGGCCAAGGAGAAAGCACCAUCAUCUUCUUCACUCGAGGAAUAUGUCGGAAUGGGUUAUCCAAAGGAGAUGCUUUUGAAGGGUGUCAAGGCAAUUGGGUACAGUCAUGCAAAUGAAUUUCUCGACCUACUUCUCACAUUUGAGACACUAGGUAAUUACCCUUCCAUGGGUAACUGCUUUACCCCUGGCUGCACCUCUCACGAUGCUGCGGAUGACGAUGACGGUGAUAUUGAUUUUGAAAACUUGAAUGAUGAUGAUGAUGCUAAUGAUUUCGCAAACUGGAAUGGUGAUGAUGAUGAUAUUGAUUUCAAAAACUGGGAUGAUGAUGACGAUGGUGCUGGUGAGACGGAAGCCAAUUCUAAUGGUUCUAGUGACGAGGAUUUCGCACAAGCGAUGUUAGAAAAGGACGAGAAGAUCAAGUCCUUAGUGGACGCGGGAUUUCCUGAAGUUAGGGCCAAUAUGGCUAUUACCAGAGGUGGUGCGGACGAUGCUCUUUUUGCAUUACUUGAUUCCAAGAACUUUUCUGCCUGUGAGGUUAUGAACAAGAUCUUCAAUUCCUUAAAAAGGAGAAAGGAAGGAAGAUUCAUGGAAGAGAGCAAGAAAAAAAGGAUGCGAUGUGGAGGUGAAGCACAAGGAAAUUGGCUCCCCUUGAAUGGUAGCGAUGAUGAACCAAUUGUUCUUCCAAAUCCAAUGGUUGGCUUUAGCCUGCCUAAUAGCAUGGUGCAGCCAGUUAAAAGAAGCUUCCCCGAACCAGCUAUUGGUCCACCUUUCUUCUACUAUGAAAAUGUGGCCCGAACCCCUAAACGCACAUGGGAUACUAUUAAAGGAGAAUUGUAUGGUGUAGAGCCAGAGUUUCUGGAUUCCAAGUACAUAUGUGCAACUGCCAGGAAAAGAGAUUACAUCCAUAAUCUCCCGAUUGAGAAUAGGUCAUCUCUCUGCCUGGAGCCUCCAAAGACUAUAUUUGAGGCGUUCUCCCAUUAUAGGAAGUGGUGGCCUUCUUGGGACUUGAGAAAGCAGCUCAACUGCCUGACGACAUGUGUGCCAAGUUCAAGGCUGACAGAACUAAUUGAGUGUGUUCUUUCAGUAGCGGAGAAUCCACCAUCUCUUCGUGUUCAAAAAUAUGUUAUGGCUUUGUGCAGACAAUACAAUCUCGUGUGGGUUGGUAAAAACAAGGUUGCUCAUUGGGAGCCCCAUGAGAUGGAAUACCUACUGGGUUUUCCAAGGGAUCACACGAGGGGACUCGCCAGAAAGGAGAGGUACAAAUCUCUUGGCAACUCAUUUCAAGUGGAUACAGUUACUUACCACUUGUCUGUGUUGAGGAACAUGUUUCCUGGUGGUAUAAAAGUACUGUCCUUAUUCACCGGUAUUGGAGGAGGAGAGGUAGCACUACACAGGCUUGGAAUCCACAUGAGGAUAGUGGUUUCUGUAGAGAUAUCUAAAGUGAAUAAGAGGAUUUUGAGAAGUUGGUGGAAUCAGACUCAGACAGGCGAGUUGAUUCAGAUUCCAGACGUGAGGACUCUAACUGAUGAUAAAAUCAAGUCAUUUAUUGAAACAAGUGGCGGCUUUGACUUGGUGAUUGGGGGCAGCCCAUGCAACAAUCUCGCUGGCAGAAAUCGGUUCCACCGUGACGGUCUAGAGGGCGAGCACUCUUCUCUAUUCUACCAGUACCCCAGAAUAUUGAACACCGUCAAGUCGGUGAUGGCGAGGAUGUUGCAUUUAGCUAUAUGACUCAUUGUUGCAA